GGUCCAUUGUCCACGAGCACAACAGCGGCCAUAGAAGCAACAGGAAGAUCUGAAAAACUGCUUGAUGGGGGGGUGUGGGAAAGCAAGAAGAACUGAAGUUUAUUUCAGUGCCCAGUCAGGCUGUUCAUUUGUUUAAAAAGGCAAUAGUCUGAGCCCAUGAAGCAAGUCCCUGGCCCACUGGAAAAAAAAUGUGGCCUUCGGCUUUGUCAUCUAUGAAUUAUGUGUGUUACAGUACCAUCAGGAGGCCCUAUCCUCUUCUGGGGAGAAACAAGAUCUUCUUGCCAAGAAGGAAGCACUGAAGGAUGUUCAGGAGGGACACAUCUUCCUGGAAAGUGAAAUCAAGUCACCCAGUAACAUGUGUGGAAGAGAAAACAGAACAGAGAGGCUGUCUUCUGAGCUAUCAAUCCCAGGCUCUAUUACUCUAUACUCCACAACAGUAGAUGGGUCAAGGCAGUCUUCAGACACAUCCCCUACAGACUCAUCUGAUCCUGCCUCUGCUGUGGGAACCAUAGAGGCCUCCUGUCUGGUGCAAUCUGCUGACCUAACUCAGGCUUCCUGGAGAAGAGCCAUAGCUCAGCCCAAAGGUCAUGUCGAAAUAUCAAACUGGAAUCCUGUUCCAUCAGGAAACCUUCGCCCUUCAUUUGCUGACCAGAGGAAGAUUGCCCAGAGCCUUGGAUUCAUGGACAAUCAUGGAAGGAUGCAUUUUGUUUAUGACGACUACCAAAAGUCUGCAUUCAGUGCUAUUGGAAACUUGAAAAUUGCUGAAGUUCAUCCAGGUGGUCUUUUUGUGAAGAUCCUGAACUAUGCCCCUGAAAAAGAGGAGAGCAUUGGGGACUAUCUCCUGAUGCAGAACGUCCGAGGUCAACCAGUGGCAGUAUUCCGGUUUCCCCCAAAGAUCAGGAUGGCGGCUGGCUCUAUUGUGACAGUUUGGGCAGCAGAUGCUCAAGUGCUUCACAAACCUCCCUCAGAUUUUCUAUGGAAGGACCUGGAGAGAUUUAGGACUGGCCUCAACUGUGCUACCAUUCUUUGUGAACCUAAUGGUCAAGCUAUUGCUUGGUAUACUCCUCCCUACUGCAACAGAAGGAAGGGAUGGGUGGCAAGAGAAGAAAGGGAAAACUUAGAGAACAUCAUUAAACCAUCUCCCUCAACAACAGAGCAGAAAGAGGGAUGGGAAAAGGAACAGGAACCUACAAUGACUGACACAGAGUGGAAAAGGGCUGACCCAGGGCAAACAAGAAAAAAAAGACGCAGCUUCAUUAAAAGGGAAGAAAAGACCUCUGCAUCCCUGUUCCCUAAUCAGAGUGCUUGGUGCCAAAGUCCAGAUGCUUCCACACAUCCUCAUUUUUCUCUGGUUAGACCAUUAACCAUGGGGAAUGACGGCAGCAGCUUGUGCAGGCAGUCUCGGUGUCAGUCAGCAAGGCCUGACCCAGUGCCAGGCACUCUGUACGCAGGAACUAGCCAGAGGAGAAAUCCCUCAGCUCCCAGAUGCAUGAGUGGGAAAGACAGAAGAAGGCCUACUCGGUCAGCAGGGCCGAAUUUUGGUGGAGUGAUGUAUGUAGGGUCUCAUCCCCCUGCUGGCACUGCUCUCCAGAAGUACUUUGUCACUCCGUCUUACAGCUUCAUGCUACAAACGCACCACUUUCUCUAGCUUCCAGCACAAAACCUGUGAACAGGAUGAGGUUAUUUGGGCUUGCUAUUUUUUAAAAUCCUUUGCAAAAUAGUUAAGCAGGUUGUUGCUUCAAGAAGUGAGAAGAUUUGGCUCUGUGGUGACACCAGAGAAUGUCAACGUUAUUAGUACAGACUGGCACGUCCCGUAAAGUUUGUUUCAAUGAUUCUUAUAAUUAGAAUUUUAUAGUAAUUAAAUAUUUGUACUGAUGCACAAUGGGGUGUGUAUAGUCUAUAAACAUUAUAUGUGUACACACAUGUAUGUAACUUUUAAGAGGAAAAAAUGUUGCUACACAGGUAGAUGGCUACCUUUAGAAACAACAUCCACUUUGCUUGCAGAAGAAAGGGAUAUUGAAAAAGUUUUGCUGUGCAUUAUUUCUCACAGAGCAAUAGCUUGUUUUCUGCUCCUGUCUUAUAAGCUACUGGCAAACCAUCAACAAGAGUGAAAGCGCUGAUAUGUUCAAAUGGGUGGGCGAAGGUGGUCACAUGGAGUGUCCUCGAGGCCAACAGGAGGUGAUCAGAUUAACGGAGUCAUAAUGGCUAAGUAAAGCUAUAUAUAUCAUGGCUGCCCCUCAAAGGAGCUCUCCUAAUCACAUCUAGCCCCAGGGAUGUGUUUGUACCAUCUAAAGCUUGGCUUAGGAAGCAAUUUUUUUAGCUCCCAGAUCGCUAUAAACCUGGGAAUGUUGCGAUCCCAAAGUUACUUUGGAUUUGAACAAAUCUUUGAUGCAAUUUGAUCUGAACAUCUUUGAUGAGAACAUUGUGAAAUGUGAGUCCCGGCUGUAAAUGGCUUAUUUUCUCCAAACAUGGAAAGCUAUAGUUUAACCUCAUUUCUGCUGUCAGCAAGAGAAACUUGCCUUUAAGUGCCCUCCAGCUCUUUCUACAGAUCUUUAAAGAAGUUUUUUUCACAAUUUUAUUAAAAUAGUUACUUAACUUUGAGCAUCUUCUCUGAAUUAUGAAGUCUUCCCCUUACAUCAAUGACAGUGAUAGCUGCCCUGCAGAAGAGUACAGAGGUGAAUGUUUCCUGGCGUCAAGAGAAGUGCCUGUGCUCCUAUUCAGUGGUGAAAAAAGAAGAUAGUAUUCACAGGCUUGAAAUCUCCAUCCCCAAAGGAAUGUUGUUGACCUCACUGAUUUUUGCAUUUGAGCGAAUGAUCCAUAUAGCAGUAACAAAGCCAAAGAAACUCAAAGCUUUCAACUCAUGACCCACAAAAGGUGAGAGAAAAGUCAGCUGAAGUCAUAUAGGAUGAGGCAAAACAAUUCCCAUAUCCUGUCUCUGAAGGCAAGUUUUUGUCUUGGCCACUUGCGUUUGAAUCUUUCCACAACAUUAACCCCUGCAGUGCUAUUCAAUUGACCUACUCUGAUACUUUAAGGUAUAAUAUGGAGAAAUACGUGCCAGUAGAUGAUUCUGGAGUUCUUCUUCCAGAAUUUCCUUGUGUGCAUUUUACCAAGGAAUUAGAUGACCAAUCUCUUUAUUACCAGAGAAUGUAUCUGUUCCACUUUUGUGGAAGUAAUGCUUUCUAUAAUUAAUACCAAGAAGCAGUCAUUUUGAAUUAAUGAGCUCAACUUCUCAUUGCUGUUUGUUUGCAAAAACAGAGUCAACUUUUUGUUCUGGAUAUUGAGAAGUGCCUUUAAAUCAUGAUACUAGUACAUGUGUGCAGCUGAGAAAGGGAAAAGACCUGGAAACCGUGAGGUUUCCCCAAAACUUAUGCAGAUAUUUAAAGCACAGUUUCGGAGGCAGCUUUAACUGAUAAGUCAAAGAAAGUUCUGUCAUACUUCAGUAGAGCAGAGGGAGCUGUAAAUUCUCUAUAAACCAGAGAGACAUCUCUCCCCGCUGAAGCCAUGCCUGUUUUGUCUGCUUUUCUUCCCUUUUGUUUUGUCAGGCUGUUUCUGUUGCAUAGAAGUCAAUAAACACAAUUUUCAAAUGCUUUUUGCUUUGUGAU